AUGGAUGAGCUAUCGAGAUUCAAGAAGCCAGCAGCCGAUCAGUCGGGCAGUCCGCUCUUCAGUAUUUUGCCUGGCGAAGUACGCGACAAAGUCUUCGAGUACGCUCUGCUCAGUUACGAGGACACCUCCCAUCUCUACGAUGAAGAAACCUGCUAUCGUCGCCCUGGCUACUUUGCACCGUCUACGGCCGACCGCAGCCUACUUCAAACUUGCCAACAGGUUUAUGCUGAGGCCUGGUUCCGCCCCUGGGUCAGUGCAACCCACACCUUCUGGUUGACUGCUCAAGAUCGGCGGCCGGGCCAUGGUGGUCUAAGUGUUCCGAACGUGCAACGAACCCUCAGCGAGCUGCACUCUAAGCAUGGGGAAGUCUCUCUUUCUCACUUCCGCGUCUUCUCUCAGCUAUACAUGCUCCAACCCGGCAGCCGCCUUGCUCAAAUACUCUCCAUGGACCACUUCUUACCCCAGAUAUUCACCAUCACGAUCCGUCAUACCGACUGGUGGAGCUGGGAGAGCGAUGACGAUCUCCACAUCGCGGCCAACUUCGUCAACAAAUGCCGCCUGCCUGAUACUCUGCUAGAGUUUCGUAUGGAGCUGGAGUCAGUGGAACGCAAAAAGCCACAGAUCGACUUCAUCGCCAAAAGCAUGUGCGACCAGUGGUGUUUCGAGAAGGCGAAUGGCACAAUCCUGUCUGCUCAAGAGCAGGAUUGCACUUCUGUCACCUGGAGCGGUACCUCAACGUGGAACAACCAGCGUUGGAUCCGUGACGAAACCAAGCCCGAGACCCUAGAGUACUACAUCAAGACUGUGGUCUGGAAGCCCAACCCGCAAAUGAGCCGAAGAGGACUCGCCUUUGAUUUGCGCGUGUCAGCUGGUUUCCAGAGGAGAAUCGCCGGUCUCGCGUUUCUGCAUACAGCCGACAUCGAACGUGCGAGCGUCCCCAAGGGCUCAACGGCAGACGAAACAAGGCGUCUCGUCGACAUGAUGUACGAGAGUAUGGCUGUAAGCGACCAUGGCGACUGGGAGGAUGAAGGGGAUGGUUUCGAUCCAGAUGACUCCGGCGAUGAAGUCUGA